AUGAAGUUCACUGCUGGUUUCGUCGCCGUCAUCACGGCUGCCGCUCCCGCCUGGGCCAUCCAGCUCACCAACAGCGCCUACGCCGUUGAGGCUGGCAAGCCCUUCACCCUGACCUGGUCCGACUCCGAGGGUGCCGUCACCGUCACCCUCAAGAACGGCGCCAGCACCGACCUCAAGACUGUCGAGGUCCUCGCCUCGGGCGUGACCGGCUCCUCGUUCACCUGGAACCCCCCCUCGACGCUGGCCAGCGACACCUACGCGUUCGAGGUCGCCGACUCCAGCUCCAACUCUCCCAACUACAGCCCUCAGUUCACUUACCAGGGCAGCGCUGCCGCCACCACCGGCUCCAGCGCCUCCUCUGCCGCUACUACCAGCAGCGCCUCUAUUUCCACCACCCUGUCGUCGCUGACCAUCACCUCUUCGUCCGCCUCGUCCACCGCCAGCGCCAACUCCAGCGCCAGCAUCACUAGCACCACCAGCGGCAACUCCACCACCACCUCUUCCUCAUCUUCCUCCAAGCACACUUCCACCAAGACGUCCUCCACCGCUACUGGCUCCUCUUCUACCUCUACGUCUACCCCAGUCAACACCAACGAUAGCCAGAAGCUGGGCUCUCCUCUGGCUCUCAUCCUGGGCACCAUUGUCUCCCUGAUGAUCUUCAACUAG